AUGGUCUGUCACUCUUUAGCUCCGUUCGUGGUUUUUGUCACAGCCCUCCUUUUUCUGCAAGUGCAGUGCAGCCCAGUGGUAUUUGAACAGCGCGGCAUCUGUGCUACCGAAGACCCAGACACUCAUUUCUUGCACGCCCUCGAGCGCGUCAGAACCGACGAGUCUCAACCAUCCGACGCUGGAUCAGAGGCUCGCAAUGGCCCUAUUGAGAUUGAGACCUGGUUCCAUAUCAUCACCAGCAAGGCCGAGCAAGACCAGGUUUCUGACGACAUGAUCGAUUCUCAGCUCUCUAUUCUACAAGAUGCGUAUCAGGACGCGGGUAUUCAAUAUCGACUGCAAGGUGUCACGCGCCAUGUGAAUGAUGUUUGGGCUCGUAAUGGAGAUGACCUGGGCAUGAAGUCGACACUUCGGAAAGGGACCUACAGGACUUUAAACGUUUACUUCCAAACCAACCUUCAGGCCGCCCCUGACCAAGCUGGACGUGCAAGUCACCGUGGUGCCGCUCAUUCGAGUGAUCUCUCGACCAGCGUGCUGGGCUUUUGCACCCUCCCCGAUCCAAGCGUGAACGCCAGCAGUCCCCGUGCCGACUACGUCAAGGAUGGUUGCAACGUUCUCGCCAGCGCGAUGUCUGGAGGCUCACUGGACCAAUAUAACCGAGGAGGAACCGCGAUUCAUGAGAUCGGACACUGGAAUGGCCUUUUGCAUACUUUCCAAGGAGAGUCGUGCUCCAAGGAUAAUCCAGGGGAUUACAUCGCCGAUACGCCCCUGCAGUCCUCCCCAACAGCUGGAUGCCCUGCUCGAAGGGACUCGUGUCCGGAUUCGCCGGGGCUGGACCCCAUCCAUGAUUUUAUGGACUACUCAUCUGACGUCUGCUACGAAAGUUUUACGCCUGGUCAAAACGACCGUAUGCGAAAUAUGUGGGCAACGAUGCGUGCGGGAAAAUAG